UCCCUGCCUGGGAGCCUCGACGGAGCGCUUCUAAGCAAAGCCUGCUGGAGCCAGGUGCGCGCUUGGGGCUGCCCCUGGCUUUCCUUGUCACUUACCCAGCAGUGAAAAAUGGGCUUCCGAUGUGCUGGGGCCAGUCAUUAGAUUAGGCGCAGGAGCAAUAUAAGCUGCACGGGGAGAGGAGGGGACAGUGGAGCCCGGCCCGGCUCGGCUCAGCCCGGCCCCUCGCGCGGCAGCUCCACGCUCUGGCCCCGGCCGCGCGGCGCCCGCUGCCCACCAUGGGCGGCGGCCGGGGCGCCUCUCUCGCAGCUCCGGGCAGCGCCCCCGAGCCCCGUCCCCGGGCCUAGCCGCAGCCGCCGGCGCCAUGGGGGGCGGCGGCGAGAACAGCAGCGCCCCGAGCGCCGAGGGCGAGGCGUGGGCGGGGUCCCCGUGCGACGAGCGGCUCUGCAGCUCCCUGCCGCUGCCCGCGCUCAUCCCGGUCACCGCCCUGUGCCUCGGGCUCUUCCUGGUGGGGGUGGCGGGGAACGUGCUGACCCUGCUGGUCCUGCGGCGCUGCCGGGAGCUGAAGAGCACCACCAACCUGUACCUGGGCAGCAUGGCCGCCUCCGACCUGCUCAUCCUGCUGGGGCUGCCCUUCGACCUCUACCGCCUCUGGCGCUCCCGGCCCUGGAUCUUCGGCCCGCUGCUCUGCCGCCUCUCCCACUACCUGGGCGAGGCCUGCACCUACUGCACCAUCCUGCACAUCACGGCGCUCACCGUGGAGCGCUACCUGGCCAUCUGCUUCCCGCUCAAGGCCAAGGUGGUGAUCACCACGCGCCGGGUCAAGGCGGUGAUCGGGGCCCUGUGGGCCUUCGCCCUGCUCUCGGCCGGGCCCUUCUUCUUCCUGGUGGGCGUGGAGCAGCGGGACAACCAGACCGACUUCAGCCGCGAGUGCCGGCUCACGCCGCUGGCCACCGAGUCCGGCCUGCUGGGCGUCAUGCUGUGGGUCACCACCAGCUACUUCAUCCUGCCCGUCCUCUGCCUCAACGUGCUCUACGGCCUCAUCGGCAGGGCGCUGUGGAGGAGCAAAGUCCGGCCCCAGGGCCCCAACGCGGCCCUCAGGGAGAAGGGGCACAGACAGACCAUCAGGAUCCUGGCUGUAGUGGUUCUGGCAUUUAUAAUUUGCUGGUUGCCAUUCCAUGUGGGCAGGAUCAUAUUUAUAAACACUCAGGAUACCAGCAUGAUGCUUUUCUCCCAGUACUUUAAUAUAUUCGCUUUGCAGCUUUUCUAUCUGAGCGCAUCUAUCAACCCAAUCCUCUACAAUCUCAUUUCAAAGAAAUACAGGGCAGCCGUCUACAAACUACUGCUCCCACGCAGAUCUGGAAAAAGGGCUUUCAGUGCUACCCGAGAUACUGGUGGCUACACUGAGACCAGCGCUAGCAUAAAAAAAGAGUACAUAACCCCCUUCUGAGACUGCUUCACAGAUGGACUUUUAGAGAGAUAAUCUAUAAUGGAAGGGCAGUUAAUUCUAGCAUUAUAGUCAUAAAAGACUAGAUUUUUGUUUUGCUAUUUGUGGAGUUUUAUAAUUCUUUGUAUUUUUUCUUAAUAUUUGUAUUGAAUAGGCAACUUAGAAUCGUGAGACUGGCAUACAACUAGUGAAAGGCAACAAAAUAGCAAAGGGCGAGGUGACGUCAAUUACCCAGAAACCCCAUUGUUAACUUAUUACAUGUCAAUCUGUAAAAAUUGCUAUGUACAAUUUUUAGGUCUGUCUGUGAGAGACAGUGCCAAAUAUUGAGGUUGUUCUGUUUGGGUUUGAUAGCCACGGAACCUCCAAGAGCACCUUUGCCCUUUUGAAAUUGAUUUCUCAUUAACAAGAUCUUACAAACUAUAAGGCCCCACUGCAAGGAGCUCCGUGCAGGGGUCCAUCCAUGUGAGUGUCCUGCAAGAUUGGAGUUUAAGAUUUUAGGGUCUAAUUGUGCAAACAUGAGUAACUUUACUCACAUGAAUAGCGUCACCAAACUCCCCCAAGUAAAGUUGCUCAAGUGCAUGCUUUUUUCCAGGAUCAGUUCCUUAGGUAUGACCUGUACAAUUUAAGGGGUCUCUAAUUUAUAUAAUAUGGACCAAUCCUCUGUAAUAAUUUUAAUAGUAGUGUUGUUCCUUAUUAAAUAUAUGCAAUAAUUAGCUCACAUUAGGUUAACUUUCUAGUUGUAACUGAGACCACAAAUUUUAAACCCAGAUUAUAAAACUAGACGAUUUAGUGAGGAAUGUGGUAGUGUCAGGCAGAGCUAUAGGAAGACAAGGUAUUGUUAUCUGUGGAUAGUCAAAGCAUAUUGCUUAUACAUGAAGAGCCAAAUUCUUCUUUCAGCUACAUUGAUGUAAAUCUGGAACAACUCCACUGAAACCAAUGGAGUUAAACUGCAUUCACAUCAGCGUAAUUGAUCAUAUGGCUAUACUUUAAUUUUAGUUGUGUUUUAACACAUUAGUUAACCCGUGUUAACUAUUGUGGUUCUGUAUCCUUAGUGUAGUAACACGUGUCCUGUCUAUACUAAUGUUUACAAUGGUAUGAGUGGACAUGUUAAAACAUGACUAAAAAUUCCAGCAUAGACUCCCUGAGCGUUUGACCCAAACCCCUCCCAGGCGUUAAAAUUCUCAGACAAAACCCUUAGUUUAACGAAAGGGAGCACUGGCUGGCUAGAAUAAAGGCCAUGGGGCAGAGGAGCCAGUUAGCUCAUGGCAUGCCAUUCACAUACAGCCUUUGCUUUGCAGCAACUUCUCACCACUGCAAGGCUGGGUUUUUUUCCGUUUCAAAAUGUUAAAUUAACAAAAGAACAAAGAAUAUUUGCUAGUUUGUGGGUUUGGUAGAAGACGUCAUUUUCUCCUGUGAACUUUGUAAAUAAAUAGAUGUAUUUAAAACAAAGCCUUGUGACAUUGAUUUGUGAGCUUCACUAGUCUGAUACUAAUUUGUCUAAUCUAGAUCAGAUAAUCCCACAUUGUGGUCUGCUGAGAGCUGGCAGGUUACAUGGUGCUAGCACCUCCUCUUCAUUUCCACUUGCUAAAUGUUAUUGAAAGACCUGCUAAAAGCACUUUAAAUACUUCCUCCAUGUUAC